ACGGGCAUUUCGAAUGGCUGGUUAUGCCUUUUGGCCUUACGAAUGCCCCGACCACAUUCCAAGCGGCUAUGACAACGGAGUUCCAACACAUGCUGGAUAGAUUCGUACUCAUCUACCUCAACGACAUCUUGGUUUACAGCCAGAGUUUGGACGAGCGUGCGGAGCACCUACGCACCGUUUUUGAGCGGCUACGACAAGCCAAGUACAAAGCCAACCGUGACAAAUGCGAAUUCGCGCAGCAAGAGCUGAAGUACUUGGGACAUUACGUGACGCCGCAAGGCAUCCGUCCGCUUGCGGACAAGAUCGAGGUCAUCCGCGUAUGGCCCGAGCCCACAAACAUCACGGACGUUUGCUCAUUCAUGGAGUUGGCGGGCUACUAUCAACGCUUCAUCACCGGGUACUCAAGGAUUGUCACACCUAUGACGAGAUUACAAUCACCAAAGGUGCCAUUCGUAUUCGAUGACGACGCACGCCGGUCAUUCCAAGCACUCAAGACGGCCAUGCUUAUGGCACCCGUCCUUAGCAUCUACGACCCCACUCUGCCAACGAGAGUGACAACUGGCGCUUCCGGCUAUGGCAUCGGGGCAGUCUUGGAACAACAUGACGGCGACAACUGGCACCCCGCGGAGUAUUUCAGCCACAAAGUGCCUCCCAUCAAUUCACUUGAUGAUGCAAGGAAGAAGGAGCUGCUCGCGUUCGUGAUGGCUCUCAAGCGAUGGCGGCACUUCCUCCUUGGGCGUCGUAGGUUCACAUGGGUCACGGACAACAACCCAUUGACCUACUACAAGACACAGGAUACGGUUAGCAGCACGAUCGGACGAUGGAUGUACUUCAUCGACCAAUUCGACUUCACACCGAAACAUCUCGCCGGCCUCUCCAAUCGCGCAGCAGGUGCAUUCUCACGAAGACCCGAUCUUUGCGCUAUGACCAUCAUGCCUUCGCGUUCGACGAGGAACUCCGGCGACACUUCAUCCGGGGCUAUGAGUCCGAUCCGGAUUUCGCCACGUUAUAUGCGCAUCUAUCUUCGGAUCACCCGUCGGCCAGCCACUAUCGCAUCGUCGACGGGUACUUGCUCCUCCACUUGCGAGGCAAGGACUUAUUAUGUGUCCCACGAGACCGUCGUCUUCGGACUCGCCUUCUCGGCGAGUACCAUGACUCGUGACUCGCCGGCCAUUUCGGAGUCAAUCGCACUAUUGCACGACUUCGGCAACGAUUCCGAUGGCCCGACCUCAUUACUGAUGUCACUCGGUAUUGCGACUCUUGCGAAGUUUGCCGACGAAGCAAGCCCCACAACAGCAAUCCCUAUGGCGAGUUGCGCCCGAUGCCUAUACCACAGGAACCUGGCCUCUCCAUUGCCAUGGACGUCACCGGACCGUUUCCCCGCGACCGCCUCGGGCACGACGGCAUCCUCACGGUCGUUGACCGUUUGA